AUGACAGACCUAGAGAGAAACAGGCGCUGGGCGGAUCCUCUACAAACAUUUGGAAUUGGAGGAGGUUGCUGGUUUAUCUGCAAAUUUCCAUUAGCAGACAAGCAUCAUCGCCAAUGGAUAAAGAAUAUGGGGAAGGACGCGGAAUGGAUUCCAUCUGAAUUUUCCUCCCUGUGCUCCGCUCAUUUCACACCGGAUUGCUUUGAAUCUGAAUCAGCGCGUUUACACCCAGACGCGAUUCCAACUGUAUUUAAUUUCACACAAUCUAAGAAUCAGAUUCUAAAGGACACUGAAAAUCUCCCUCCACACCAAGGAGCACCUACUGAAUCCACCAACUCCUCCAGAUCAUCCUGCUGUGACUGUUACAAACGUAUGCAGGCCACAGAAAGAAAUUACCAGCUGAAAUUAGCUGCUGCUCAGCUUCAGAUAAAAAUAUAUAAAAAGAAUCUAGCGGAGGAGUCACAGAAAGCAACGCAAUGGCAGAAGCGAGCAAUAAUUUUGCAGAGUGCAAUCAGAACAAUGAAACAAAGGGGAUCAAUACCUGCAUCAAGAAGAACUUCUACACCUUCUAAUCAUUUGGACUGAAACACAUUUUGAUAUUGAGGAUUAAAUGGAGAAAUGGCUUUUCUUUGCACACUGAAGCACACAGCAGUUUUCAAAAUACUUUAAUACACUUAAGUACAUAUUAUACACUUGAUAUGUAUACA